AUGGCGGGAGAUCGUGCAGGAAGGACUCUGGAGAAGACACCCACCUGGGCAGUUGCAUUGGUCUCUGCUGUCAUCGUUGUUGUCUCCAUAUUGUUGGAGAAAGCGCUUCAUGGAAUCGGGAAGACUUUCCAAAGGAAGCGCAAGGAAGCUCUGAAUGAAGCUCUAGAGAAAAUUAAAGCCGAGCUUAUGGUUCUGGGAUUUAUUUCCUUAAUUCUGACUUUUGGUCAGAACUACAUAUCCAAAAUCUGUAUUCCUCUAAAGGUUGCAGAAACUAUGUUACCAUGUUCCCAUAAAGAUCCAGAGGUUGAGGGAGAACAUCAUAGAAGGCUCCUAUGGAAUGACCAUAGGUUUUUGGCAGCAGACUCUCCAGCAACCGCAUGCAAAAGUGAAUAUGUACCUGUUAUAUCUGUCAAUGGGUUGCACCAGCUACAUAUCUUCAUAUUUUUCUUGGCCGUAUUCCAUGUAAUUUUUGGUGCCAUGACGAUGACCCUUGGAAGAUUGCAGACUCGUGGAUGGAAGGAAUGGGAACGGGAGGCAGUUCGUGAAACUGAAGCAUCCAACGAUAAUUCAAGAUUCAGGCUUACACACGAGACAUCAUUUGUUAGAGACAAUACUGGUUCCAUGGCCAGAAACCCCAUACUAUUUUACCCUGUAUGCUUUUACCGGCAAUUUUUUAGGUCCGUUCGUAAAGCUGACUACAUGACCAUGCGCCAUGGAUUCAUUUCGGUCCAUUUGGCUCCAGGAAGUAAGUUUGACUUUCAAAAAUACAUCAGAAGGUCGUUAGAAGAUGACUUCAAGAUCGUUGUGGGAAUCAGUCCAACAUUAUGGGCUUCAGCAGUGAUCUAUCUGCUACUCAAUGUAGGCGGAUCACAGAUUAUGAUGUGGCUGUCUCUAAUGCCCCUAGUGACCAUACUAGCAGUUGGCACGAAGCUGCAGGCAAUUAUAACACAGAUGGCGGUUGAAAUCCAAGAAAGACAUGCUGUAGUCCAGGGCAUACCCCUUGUUCAAGUCUCAGACAGACACUUUUGGUUCAGCAGACCUCAUCUCAUCCUACAUCUUAUCCAUUUUACCCUCUUCCAGAAUGCCUUCGAGAUAACAUUCCUCAUUUGGACGACGUAUGAAUUUGGCAUCCAUUCGUGCUUUUACGAGGGCCUCGAACUUUCCAUUCUGAGAGUUGUCAUGGGGGUAGCCGUCCAAGUAUUGUGCAGCUACAUCACACUUCCCCUCUACGCUCUCGUUACACAGAUGGGUUCGCAUAUUAAGAAAUCCAUAUUCGACGAACAAACUAAAAAGGCGCUCACGAAAUGGACUUUGAACGCCAAAAAGAAAAACAACGUCAAGCCCGGCACGCCUCAAAAGCAGAGAUUGGGAGGGAGCCCCGUCGAAUCACCCGAGAAUUCCCCAAAACUUGCUGCAGGUCCAUCGUCGACGUCGGGCUUGGAGAUGAGUGGUUUGGAGUUGCGGAAGCCCCACGGGCAGCAUAGCAGCGCGGCUAACAUCACUGCCAGUGUGGACAUUCCCGACCCUCCUCAUACUCCUCCUCCCAACGAUGUCGGUGAUCUGCUCAGCGCCCCCUGA